AUGGCAAAGCUUGAGUUCUACUUUGACUUGGCCUCUCCUUAUAGCCGGAUUGCAUGUCACAGGUUAAAGGUGUGGCGAAAAGAGAACCAUGCACAGCUGGAAUGCAUCCCAGUUUCACUAACCGCCAUUCUGAAAGACUCUUCCGGAGAAACCGCAUUGCAACACAAAAAACGAAUGCAUUCGCUAGUGGACUUGAAAAGAGCAGCCUGUUUAUAUGAAAUCUCUGAUUUCGACACCAGCAGCUCGAGAAUACAAGCGAACUUGAAAUCCAAAGAGAUUCGCUUGAAAAUGAUCGAGCUGGCCAACAGAGGCAUCACCUUUGACGAUCUCGAGCUUCUGUAUAAAAAAUAUUGGAGCUUUUCGUGCACAGAGCAGAAGGAUCCCAUCACUUGCAAUCAAGAUGCAACAAAAAAGCAAACCUUUAGCAGCGAAGGGCAAGUAAAGCUGCUAGAAAACACAAAAAAAGCCAUCGAAAUGGGUGCUUUCGGUCUUCCGUGGUUUAGGCUUUUCAGGAGCGGCAGAGAUGCACAAGCAUAUUUCGGAUCCGAUCGAUUGGAGCACAUCAGCCUGGACGUUCAAGAGAACAUUGCCAAUAAAAGCAAAUUAUAA